AUGGAACCCGUACAGCCACACCUCGACACCCUUGUCUCAGUCAGAGUAAUCCAUGGCGACGACGACAGAGGAAAAAAGCUCAUCACCGACAACAACGUAGAGCCUCGUCGGAGCUCAGUUCGAGAUACUGCUACUGCUUCUUCAACGGUCAAGCGAGAAGAUGAGAUAGUUAAAGAUGAGGAGAGGAGAUCCAAUGCGUCCCUGUGUUCCGUGGAAGUAGAUCUGGAGCUUGGGAUGCCUGAGAAACCCGUGCAUUUGUCACAACCUGAGAAAGAUUGCAGGAUUUGUCACAUGAGCUUGGAUGCUGCGAAUCUGGAAUCUGGUGUUCCGAUUGAGCUCGGCUGUUCUUGCAAAGAUGAUCUCGCCGCUGCUCACAAACACUGUGCUGAGACUUGGUUUAAGAUCAAAGGAAACAAAAUAUGUGAAGUAUGCGGUUCGAUUGCGGGUAAUGUCGUUGGAGUCGUUGAGGUUGAGUCUGAAGAAAGUCGUGAAGAAGCAAAUGGUAGAGUGAAUCAAGCUCUGAGAACAUCUGGUCCAAGAGGAUUGGCUGAAGCUAGAAGCUUUUGGCAAGGUCACCGGUUCUUGAAUUUCCUUUUAGCUUGUAUGGUCUUUGCCUUUGUCAUCUCAUGGCUCUUCCACUUCAAUGUUCACUCUACAUAG